CAGUUUACGAAGGAAAGUGCAUUUUCAGCAUAAGACAUUGCUCAUAGGGGACAUGUUAUCCGCUAUUAUAGCUUUUGAAAAUAGAGCGGCCGAGUGUGCAUGUACACGAACCUUUGGAUCGUAAUGCCGGGAUAAGGUAAUACCUACAGCGACAGAGAGGCUUUAGCUGCAAAGUAUCUGGGGAUGCAGAGGUCUUGACCAACUUAACAACUCAGACAACCACCGGAGACUGUGAAGAUGGCAAUCAAUGAACAAAAAUUCUGUCUGAUAAUACUUUUCGUAAUAAGCCUUUCAUCAUUCGCCGCUAUGUUCACAGUGCUAUACCAUUACAACGAGUUGGUGAAAACAAUUUCUGUAAAGAAGGAUUAUUAUUCAUUUGGCACCCGACAAUUCGUCAUCUCCUCCAAGGAUGAAACCGGAGAUGAAAUUGAUAAUGAUUUUGAAAAUAUCAAAAUUAUUUCUUUAAAGGGUGCCUCUAAACCAGUGAUACAAGGACUUGCCCUUAGUAUUAGCAAUGUUGAACGUGAUGUCUUAACAUUCAAUAUUGAUGAUUAUCUAAAACCCCUAUCGGAUAUACCAAUUGAAGAGAGCAGUCUUCUCCACAAGAUUCAACAAAAACAGAAAGACACCGACUUUAAAUGUGUUAUUAGGGUUGCCAAGUAUUGUUCAUCUCGUUGUCGUACCGUUGCACCUGGAAACCAGUCAAGAGAGUGGAAUCCAUUUAGAUGUGAAUUCAGCGAGUUCUGUAGGUUUGAGACAAGUUUUGUUGGUCAACCCUCUAAGGAACUCAUGCAGAGUUUCGACGUUGUUUUCUUCAUACCUGGGUUUCGAGAUAGACAUUUGAAUGAAAUGAUUGCUUUGCGACCACCGGGACAACUAUGGGUCAUAUCAACAAAAGAGAGUCCUAUUCAUGACAUGGGCUAUGUACCUCCAGGUUUAACAGGAAACCCUUUCAAUCUCACCAUGACCUAUGCGAGAGACACUGAUAUCGUUUUCCCAUACGGCAGUCUGCAGAAAAUAAAGGCUCUCCCAGAACCUCCUCCAAUACCCAAGAAGACUAAAUUGAUAGCAGCGAUGAAUGGUAAUUGCAAUCCUUACUAUUGGCAAAGGACGGAGUUGAUCAAUGAGAUUCAGAAACACCUCUCAGUCGAUUACUAUGGGAAAUGUGGUAAGGCGGGACAGCUCCCCCAAAAGAACACAACCGAAACGCUUCAACAAUAUAAGUUUUACCUUUCGUUCGAGAAUAGUGAAUGUCGGGAUUAUAUCACGGAGAAAGUGUGGAAGAAUAGUCUCUCUAAUGGAAUCGUUCCUAUAGUCUAUGGAUCAACGCGUGAAGGCUACGAGAAGACACUUCCGAAGGAUUCUUUCAUUUUCCUUGAGGAUUUCAGCAACAUGAGUGCAUUUGUUGAUUACAUUCAUGCUCUUGAUGAAGACGAAGCGAGAUACAAGAAAUAUUUUGAUUGGAAAAUUGAUAGCAAAAUCAUCUUGCAUUCUCCAUCAGCGUUCCGAGGUCAAAAACCUGGGCUUAAUUUAUGUUAUCUAGUGAAGAAAUUGAUCCAUGUCUUCUUCUACCCAGAGACUUCGUGGAAGAAAAGGACUCCAGAUUUUGCUUCUUGGUGGCUAGGACAGUGUGAUGAUUUUCAUGCUGACAAGAAAGUGCUGGGAUUCAAUGUUCGAAGAUCAAAGGAAAAGCAAGCUGAAAUCGAACAGAGGUGGUAGAACUGGUAAUACAGAAUAUAAUGAUUUAUUGUUUGUUACUUUGGGUAAACACAUAUCCACUUGACUCGAUUUCAACUUCGGUAUGGGGUUAAACAUUAAAGUCUGAGUUCUUCAAUUACUGAUGAGCAGCCUUUUUCUGCAGGAGGACUAAGUAAGCUCAGUCUCAAAGGAAUACAAGUAAGAAAGUGGAAUUGCGGAUGAUGAGGGCAAUAUCGUGUUUCGGUAUGAUCAGGUGGAGAACUCAACAAAGUAUUGAUAAAAUUCAUAAGGAGUUUAUUCAUGUCUUUGAGUGAAUUAAUAAUUUAACGAGAAUUACAUAUUUUUGAUAUUUAAGUUUAAGCCUUUGAUGCACAAAUGCUGCGACAUGGUUAGUUUGUUCCCGCAUUUUACAUCUCAAGAUUACACUUUGAGGUUUUUUUUUCUAAGCAUUUGUGGAUGAACAUAUAACUUAGGAGUAUAGUUGUACGAGUAGCAUGCAAUAUUGUGAAUCAUAUAUACACAACACGCCAUAAUUCAAGUUACCGAUAAAAGGUAGAAUUUGUUUAUAUCGGGUAAUAAUGGUCAUCAGAAUUUCCAAAUACGAUAAGACUACUUCUUGAUUGUUGUCAUACAUAUAUUAUUAUUUUUGGGAUAAAAUUAAGAGGGUGCAAUUUGACUCAUCAGAACGAAGUAUAUGAUUGCAACAAUCGCUGAUAGUAUUAUGAUAAACAAUAUUUCUGGUAUGUGUCAUGAGGUCGCUACCAAAAAAGGUGGCGCUGUUGCAUCUGUUGGUUAGGGAGCCAUGCCAACAAAUUUGGUAUAAUUUUAAAGCUAAAUCCAUUAGCCAAUAAUAAUCUUGAAGUUUCAUCGCUCAAUGAUAAAUAUAGAGUUACACAUCUUCAAAGACGAAGCACCAAGGGAGGUGCCGGAUUCUGAAGAUUUGGUGUUAUUUUAGGUGAAACGUUAAUAUUUUGGUGAAAACUUGAAAACUUUAUCUCAACCACAAAUUCGAUAUCAAAUGAAGAUAAGAAUAUUCAUCUUUACUGUUAAUUUAUUGAAAAAAACAUGUUUGGCAUUGUCACUGAUAAACAAGGCAAACCAUUGAAAAAAAGAAAUAGAAAAUUUGUCGCUGUUUUUCUUUUUUCCUCAACAAUUCUUCUACAUCGACACAUAUCUUAUCCACAGUUAUUCUUGAUUCCAAUGUAGCUUUUGUGUAAAAGAACACAGAAAGAUGAUUUCUACUAUUCUCUAGGAUGAAAGGAAUUCUUGGAAUUAAUUGCUGCAGAUCUGAAAGGUCACAUGACGCAGGUCUGAGACAUUAAAAUCAACAAUAUGUGAAGAGUCUUAAAAGCAUUAUUUGGUCUAAUGUUACUAUAGUUUCUUCGAAACUGUUUGUUGCAUAUACCAUCAAUCAGAUGAACACAUCAUAUAUGCCAAUCAAGUAAUGGUGAUGCAGGCAAUAAUAAGACACACACUAUAUAUGUUUUUCCUAAAAAAAGAUUGGCAUAAGUUGGGGUUGAUUUUGAAAUAUUUUUAAAACAAUAAACCCAAUAAAAUAUACAUUGCAAGAAAGGUCUGACUCUGUUCAACGCAAAAAUUUAAAUCAUUUUUAAUCAUGGGAGGGGGGGGG